UGCUCUUUUUUUACUACCUGCGCCUCCAAUUUCAGCAUACCUCUGAAAAAAAGCCUGCUUUGUCGGCUAGUCUGAAUCUAUCCGUGCUCUCCGCUGUCGACGACACUUUCCCCCAAGAGGAGGCAAGAAGGAGUAGAAUCACCCUUGUUGAAAGACUGCACGACCAAGAUGGAAAUACAUCAGAAGUAGAUGAUGAAGAUAAUUAUUUUCCUUCCCAGCACCAACAGCAAGUCCAAGACCACGAUGAAGACCUCCACCAAUCCACAACCAUCACGACAAGACCUCGCCUCCACCACGCCCAAAAAUUACAUGUACAACUACCUCUCCACCGUGGUGCUGGUGGGGCCUCAUUAAUGCUUCCCACACGUCAUCAUGCUUCCAGUUCCACACGUCAUCUCCUCUCCCCUUCUGCCCUCGUUUCCACUGCCUCUCUUGUAGAGGAAAAGAUCAUUGGAAAGAUUUGUGAUGCCAUACGCAGUGGUGAAAUUACUCUCUGUGGCGCCCUCUCAGACGUUCAAUGUGGGCAACAGGUCCGGAAAACCCCAAUUCAACAUCCUCGAGUCUCAAAGAUGCUCUAUGCUGCGGAUUCGACUGAACUUGACAACAAAAACGCAGGAGGAGAUCAUGGGCAUGGGCCCCAAGCUGUAGUUGCAGGACGAGAAGAAGGAGAAGAAGAGCCUCCAACGGCAUUUUCUUCUGUCUCUCGAAACACGAAGGGAAAAGGAGUCACCGUUUCCUGGAUGGAACCUCUGGCAACACCGCUACUAGAGAAAAGUCCUGAACUCGAAGCCUCCCUGUUCACUCCCGCUGAUAAGCGAUCGACUAGUACUCGAUUGCUUGCAUUAAACGAAGCGGGUAUUGAGACGGAAGACCGACGUUUUGCUAGAGGUGGCCAUCAUGAAGAUAUGGGGGAAUCGGGAGUUGUAAGGGAAAGCGAUCAUUCGUGUUGUGUAACCAGUGGAGUCGCAGAGAAGGAAGAUGAAGUUCAUAAAACAAGAACAGUACAACUAAUUACCAGGAUGAGCAAACAAACGAUCCCCACUAGUUCAACCUCCAAUGUGAAGAACACCACGAAAACGUCCUCCAACUCCGCCAUUCAACAGUCUGCUCAAGAGUCUCAACAUCAACUCCGACAACACGUGAAGCGAGCGCGCAAGAUCCUUGCGCCUUUUUAUGCUUUCUACGACGCAAACAAGGACGGCGAGAUCGACUUCGAAGAGUUUCGCUUGGUUCUGCAGGAUUUGAAAGUUUCAGGGGCCAGCAGAUCCGACGACCCCCGUGAAUUCCAGAAUUAAGGCUAUUGGGAGUUGACCUAUCAUCUACUUAAGUAUAUCUAAGCGCGAUACCAUUGUCAUUGGUAGCAAGAAGUAGCUAAGAAAUCUACUAGAACUUACUUAAGGCUUACCAAGAAUUAAGGCUUCUUCAAGUAGGAAAGCCAAAGAUAUGCGAGCUAGAGAUGGUGCCAACUUUCAGUUUCAACCCCUAACAGAAGCAGCUUUUUGAUGCUGGAGAUCUCGAUGGGAAUGGAGUCAUUGACUUCGACGAAUUCGUUUACAUAAUGCUGAAAUUUGCCAACCGUCAGGACUUCUCCAGCCACAGAAGAGCAGGAUUUUUAGACAAUCUGCAUCGAGCAAAAGCUGGAGAAUGGUUUCGUGCCUACUUCGCUAGUAGUACCACGAGUGCGACUCCUCCUGCUCGUGGUGGUGCCGAAAUAUUAAUUAAGGCUCAGCUUUCAAUGGUCAUUGGGGUUGGUCACUGAGGUCCCUCUUGAGAGAACAGGGGAAAAUGAAGGAAAAGCAAAGGGAGAGGCAUGGGGCCCAUUUCUUUCAGAGUCAGUGGCCAUUGAAUGCUGAGCUUUAAAUUAAAGAGAGAUGUAGAAGGACAAGGAGAAGAGCGUGUAGUUGUUGAGAGUCCUGAUGGGACAAUUGUGGCGGGGUUCCAUCCUGGACAAGCAGGUGAUAAUGGGCAAGAUGAUGAUCAAGAUGGUCAUCCUUGCAACGACCGCGACACAGCAUCUGCAAGAAGCGGAAACUGCUGCAAAGGUCUCGGAUCGAGAUCAAACACAUCGAGCUGCUCUGGUGCAGCUGGUGCACAUGGAGGUCAACUACAAGGUCGAGCGCAGUCUACAACUGCUUCGAGCAAUCCCUCCUGUCCGAGCGACUUAGCGCAUCUAGAUAUGUGUGAGCAGCAGUAUCGCUUGAAACUACGCGCUUUUUCGACUUGCGGCUUGGGAGUUUUGUUAACAUUAGUGUUUUCCGAUCCCGCGGUCGGUGUCAUGGCUGAAAUAGGCAGUCGACUGAACAUGCGACCUUUUUAUGUGAGUUUCAUCCUAGCCCCAUUGGCAAGCAAUGCCAGCGAAUUGGUUGCCGCAUACCACUAUGCGAGGAAGAAGAGUGUCAAGUCACUGACUAUCGCUCUUUCUACUCUCGAAGGUGCAGCGUGUAUGAACAAUACGUUUUGCUUGGCGAUAUUUCUGUUUCUGAUCUUUUGCCGCGGUGGUCCUCUGAAUUUAGCAAGCAGAUAUGGGCCUGAAUUCUUGUCAAUUUUGGCCGUAGAAGUCUGUGUAGCUGCAAUUGCUUUGACUCGAGAAGUUCACACGAUGCUCUCUGCGGUCUUCAUACUCUCCUUGUUUCCAUUAUCGAUAUUGUUGGUGUGGACAAUGGAGAACAUGAAUCAUGUCUAGCGUAUUCCCGGUUUCUGUUUCUGAUUUUGAGUGGUACGUACUAAUCAUGGACGAGAUAAUGAAAAUGAUAGAUAAGUCUGCUGGUGCUGGCAUGUGAUUAUUAUCUAUCAUAGUCAUAAUCGAUAUUCGGCAAUAACAAGCAAAUUUUUGAAACGACCAAAUAAAGAUCUACUGAAAAAUGAAUGCUGAGCUAUCCACCACGACGGAUAUAUUUAAUUAGUAGCAUUUCCUGCUCAUUGUAUGCUUUCUCGUGAAAUACAAAUGAAUUAUCCUUUCCGUGACAAGCAUCCCUUGGGCUUCCGUUUUCCCUUAUCGCCCGUUUAUCCUCACGAAACUCAUAUUCAUCUUCUGGCCUCUAGUC